GGAAAACACUCAUUCGCUUUAUGUUAAAAACAUUGAAAUUGAGGCUGGGGAAGCUGUUUUAAGCAGUUUGGCACCGUUCGCUCCACACUUUACAUUUUAUUUUUUCUGUAUAUGCAGCAGUUUAACCGUGGGAAGUGGCCGAAUGAGAGACUCAACGGUCGCAAACAGCCUGGGGUCCCAUCAGAAGUCUCCUUCCCACCAUAAAGACAAGUCUCCGGUGUCCCUGUCCAAACUCUCCCUCAAAGAUGGGCAGAGUGACACGGCCAGACUCGCAAACAAGUUUGAGGAGGGGCAGGACGUUUUAGCUCGAUGGUCAGAUGGCCUGUUUUACCUGGGGACAAUCGAGAAGAUAAACAAACAAAAGCAUAGCUGUUUAGUGGUUUUUGAAGAUCAGUCCAAAUCGUGGGUUCUUUGGAAGGACAUUCAGACAGGGGACAGUGGAGAGGAGAUGCUUUGCACCAUUUGUCAGAAUGAAAGCUCAGAGCCACCCAACGAAAUGGUCAUCUGCGACAAGUGUGGACAAGGAUACCAUCAACUCUGCCACACCCCCAUCAUCGACUCCAGCGUCAUCGCAUCUGAUGAUAAAUGGCUCUGCAGACAGUGUGUGUUUGCCACAACGACGAAGAGGGGCGGCGCACGCAAGAAAGGGCCGAACGCUAAAGCCCUGCAGGAGAUGAAGCAGUCCCUGCCGUACACCCUGGAUGAGCUGGAGUGGGAUCAGGGCCACAAAACCAACACCCAGCAAUGCUACUGCUACUGUGGAGGGCCUGGAGACUGGUAUCUGAAGAUGCUGCAGUGUAACAGGUGUAAGCAGUGGUUUCAUGAGGCGUGCAUCCAGUGCUUUGAAAGGCCUAUGCUGAAUGGAGACAGGUUCUAUCUUUUUGUUUGUUCAGUUUGCAGUAGUGGACCAGAGUACCUCAAACGAUUGCCUCUUAGAUGGGUAGAUGUUGCACACCUGAGCCUCUACAAUCUGAGUGUCAUUCAUAAAAAGAAAUACUUUGAUUCAGAACUGGAGCUCAUGUCUUAUAUCAACGAGAACUGGGAUGGGCUACAGCUUGGAGAGCUGGCGGACACCCCCAAAUCAGAGCGAUACGAGAGAAUCCUGGAAGCACUUAAUAACAACCCUGCAAUGUUCAUUUCUGGGAAGGAAAUAAAGAAGAAGAAGCACCUCUUUGGAUUACGGAUCCGCUUCCCUCCGUCCCCCCACAGCUCAGAGACCCCCUCAGACAAGGAGCAGGAAAAGGCCUCUCAGGAGAUUAAGAUCAAAGGCAGGAAGUCCAACAAGCCCUCACACUCGUCCAGCACUGUCACCAAUGGAGUCAUGAAGAAAGGAAAGAGGAAACACAUCUCGCACUCUUUGGAGACGCUGGCCAAACUAAGACGAUCAGAUGGACUUUUGGCACAGAAAGAUGUGAAGUUGCCAUCACUAGACAGCAACUCGCUGGACGUGAUGACCGCUAAAAGCAUCAAAAGUGAAAAGUCUGUGCCAUCAUCAAGUACCUCAGAUGUCGAAUCCGUUGGUGCCACCACUAUGAGUGAAACUACCUCAACUAGCAUAUCCAGCCUGAGCAGCCCCAGCCAGACUCACUCGGACCGCCUGUGGCCUGUCGCUCAGCCUCCAGUGAAGAGGCGUCGCGGCCGGCCUCGGAGAGCGCUUCAACCCCCAAACCCUGAAAUCCCUCCCCGCCCUGAGCCCCUCAGCCCCAGCGUCCCAGAGCCGGCCUUUUCCCGGCUCCACCCCACAGACUUUCUGCAGAGCCUGGACCCCAACGCCCAGCUCAGCCACCUCAAGAGCUCCAUCAGUAGCUACUUCGGCGCCGCCGGCCGCAUGGCCUGCGGGGAAAAGUACCGCGUCCUGGCCCGCAGAGUGACCGAAGAUGGUAAAGUGCAGUAUCUGGUGGAGUGGGAGGGGGUCACUGCUUCAUGAGCACGGUCUCAGGUCCCAAAUCAAGCCCACACACUUUGGACCAGCGGUAGUGCUGUCCACUCUGGUUCCAAAAUUUCAGUAUGCUACUAGUGCUGAGGUAAGAAAAGUUUUGGUUUGUGGAAUGUACGUAAGUGGUCACUAGAGAGUGAUCUUGAUGGCUUCAGGACCACAGAAAAGAGAGAGAGAGAGAGAGAUUGGACUAUAGAACACGCCUCUGUGCCAUUACAUAAGGACUGCCUUGUAGAUUGUAGAUGUCAAUUGGGUUACACAUCAGAAGUGGGGUUAUAUAGUAGAAGAAACUGGAAACUGAUGGAAAUUCUGGUUAACGGUUGACCCGUCCAUGCUCUGCCCACAAAUAUAGCGACUUUUGCUAGGUUGGACAUGCUUUACAGAGCAUACAAGAAUCCUAUUACACCCAGUGACAAACCUGUGUCGGUCUUUGUUUACAGUUUCUACAUACACCGAUCGGGCAUAACAUUAUGACCACCUCCUUGUUUCGACGCUCAUUGUCCAUUUUA